AUGGCUGGUGAAGGUGGUCGGCCGCCAUUCGGGCCUCCCGGCCUGCUGCGGCCGACGCGGCCGGUCGAGGCCGGGCUCGGCCCGGCCCGCGACGGCUGGCCGCCGACGAGCGCGCUCGCGCUGCUCGUCAAGAUGGCGGCGGUGGCGAUUGCGGCGACAAAAGUUCAGGCGUACAGCGCUCAGGCGCCUGUCGUCUUUCGUCUUUUCCAAAAGCUGCUCGCUCGAACCGCGGCCGACUCUGCCAUCGCGGCCGCAGCUGUCGAGCUCUCCAGAAAACUGGAAGUGCUGACUCGAUUUCUACUCGAAUUCUUCUACCCCCACGACUCGGAACACGAAUGCAUUCGUGGCAUCCUAUGGGUCGUCCAGACACCAGAGUAUCGACCUCUGGCGAGCCCCCCCGACCGCGUCGAACUCAUCGGCGCGGGCUCUCUCGGCUACGGGACCGGCCCCAGCUUCGGCUGA